GAAGGUCGUAUCGACGUUCCCCAAUCACUAGCGCGCCAAAAGUCUCAAGACCACCACCGACUUAAACAACAACAUGGGCCGUGUUAGGACAAAGACCACAAAGAGGGCUUCCCGAGUCUUGAUUGAAAAAUACUAUCCCCGUCUCACUCUUGACUUCCACACGAACAAGAGGAUCAUUGAUGAAGUUGCCGUCGUUCCUUCAAAGCGUCUGCGCAACAAAAUAUCCGGCUUCACCACUCACUUGAUGAAGCGUAUCCAGAAGGGUCCCGUUCGUGGUAUCUCCUUCAAACUUCAGGAAGAAGAGCGCGAGCGCAAAGACAACUACGUCCCCGAAGUUUCCGCCCUUGAUAAUAGUGGUGCCCCACUCGAUGUCGAUGAAGAGACGAAGCAAAUGCUUCGUGCUCUCAAUUUCGAGUCGAUCCCCAUCAACGUCGUUACCCCCGUUUCUCCCCAAGUAGAGCGUGGCCCUCGGAGGGAGAGGAGAAACGUUCCCGGUGCUGGCCGAUGAGUCAUUGAUAGCUGGAUCUGCCGUAGGGCCAUAUCAGGCCAGGGGAAAACCAAACGGUCUCCCUUUUGUAUCGUCGGUAUACCUCUUAGUUUUUCCAUGUCCUAUGUACUCUUUUUUUUGCAUGCAGUCAACAAAAAGACCUAUGCACGCCGACAUUCACAAUUCUCGGAAUGGGUUUUAUACAAUUGCUCAAGAAAGAUUUGUUCAUAGAAUCAUUUUCCCUUAAAUCAUCAGAAUAUACAUGAAGACCAUGAUGCUCAUGGUCAACCGUGACGGAACGCCAUGCAAUGUUCCCGAGUUCUGGCCAGAU